GUGCCCUAAAGACGACCGAACGCAACCCGCCCCGUAUAAUGUCGAGCGAGGGAAUUGAAGCUGCAGAUCUCAUAUUGGGCUACGUGCUGGAGAUAUCGGACAAGGGUGGCGUGACUGUCUCGUUUGCUGAGGCUACCAAGAAGUGUCUCAUCGGCUACCAGGACAGGCCGGACCAGCGAAAUGACUUGCGUCAGCUCAUUGACACGGCUGUCAUCCAUGGUAAUCGGAGUCUGCUUCAUUGGGCAGUGAGAAUGGGCCGAGGAGAAGUCGUUUCUGCCUUGUUGUCCUUCGACCUCAAGCACCACAUCGCCAAACAAGAUGACGUGAGCGACGGAAGCGCAUUGAGGGGUUGUUAUCAUUUGUUUCCCCUGUUUCCAGGUUUUCAAGACCCCGCUGCACACAGUCGCUCAGACGGGUGAUAUGAUAGUGGCGCCUCUUGUCGUCAGUGCUGCUGAUCCAUCCACACUGACGAUCAGAGACAAAGCUGGACAAAACUGUGUACACUGUGCUGCCGUCUAUCGUCAACCGGCACUGGUCAGGAGCCUCGCCGAGGCUGCAAAGCUCAACACCGAUGUUACCCUGAUGGAAGACGAGGUCGAAACAAGAGAAGUGUUUUGUACCGAUGUGAUAUUAUUCUUCUGUUUUGCACCGGAGUGAUGGCCACAGGACGGGUUCACUCCCCUGCACUUGUCUAUCUUUUAUGACUGCAUCGAGAUCACGCGCCUGCUCGCCGAUCCGCGGACCAUCAUCCACAAAGGCGGCGUGGGGCUGAGCGCACUCCACUACGGAUGUGCAAAGGGUAAAUGGAGUCACGUCAAUGUCAUGCUCAAUGCUGCUGCACUGGGCAGUGCAAAUACAGCAAUCGCAACUGUUGACGAGGUGAACAAGAUACUUGUUGUGAAUAGGUUGCGACAUAAGCUUCCCUUACCCUGAUACAGAUUGGACGCACCGUUCUGGCAAGUGCAAUAUGUGCUUCCUUUGCUUAUGCUGGUGGCAAAGAUACUGUGCUUCGUAUGGUCGGCCUACUUCACGAGAAGAAGGCAUCACAUGUCAUUACUGCAAGAGACAGAGUGAGGAAGACGUACGGAGUGGAGAGUUUACCGACCACCUUCCUCUCCGUGUUGAAUUUGUGUCAGGAUGGGCGCAUCGCGUUACAUCACGCUGCUAAAGCAGCAAGUCGUGACAUCGUUUCGGCAUUAUGCUCGAGCGAGGACGUCAAAUGCCAAGACACAAUAUGGGUCUGUCCGUGGGUCGACACAUGAUAGUAUGAUGAUACAAGACAUUAUACGCAUGUUGCUUAUCUUUGCAGAAGCAAACGCCCCUACACCAAGCUGCUGCCUUCGGCAAUCUGUCAGGGCUGGACGAGCUGCUGAAAAUUGUCGACAGAGACGCACUACUGCUGCGAGACAGUGUAAGCACGCUGAUACACGCAACGAUCACAAACAACCGGUUUUCCUGCAUUUCAAGCUCAGGCCAGUCGGACGGCUCUUCAUCUGGCUGCGGAGUGCGGGAGAAAUGAAUGCAUCAGGAUGCUGGUGAAGGCUUCGGAAGAAAAAGCAUGCCCCCAGCUGCUGGAUGCUGUGGACGAAGUAAGUGAACAGAGAAUUACUCGACGGUAUCGCUGGUACACAUUGACGUAUUUAGGACGGCUUGCUGCCUCUACACAUCGCCAUCGGAUGCGAUGAAGUCGAAGACCGCGUGGUCGCGUCUUUGGCCUCCAAGGAGCGAGUCCAAUGUUCAAGGAAGGUACAGCAAUCACGACAACAAGAAAACACAUUUGUCAUGCAACCCCCUUCUUGAGAUGGCUCACAGGAUGGACAAAAGGCCUACCAUCUGGCGGUUUCAAGAGAGCGAGUCACAAUUAUGCAGAUCUUUCUCUCGAGAUUUGGAGGAGACGCUCUUCAAGCCAAGGAUAACGUGAGAAUUGCGCAUCUCUGCCCGUGGAUAUGUGUCCGGUUAUACCUCUGCACAGAGGGCGGACACCCCAUGAUCUGUGCCGUGAGAAAUCUGACGUCAACAUGAAACGGCUGCUUUCGUCUUGGUUGCAAGCCGAAGUGAUGUCCAUCAUGCAGCCUAUAUCCGAUGGAUAUGGCCUGAAAGCGAUCCCGCAGUUCGCUUCCAUUGGCGUUCCCCUUGACAAAAAGCACUUUUACGCCAGGUGGGCAUGACAGGCGACGGAUGAGAAUCGGGAAGGGAAAUGGACCCACUCACCUGCGCUACUUGUGUUGUGUGUUGCGGCAGCUAGCGCGAGCACUGGAGGUGACGGAUCCAGAAGCCGGCUUGAUCCUGAAGGGGCGGCCAAUCACAGCUGCUGAUCAAGAAUUGAAAAAAGAGAGGGAGGACAAGGCUUUCAGAAUCCAAAAGCUUCUUGAGGAGGCGCCUGUCUCUCCGCAGGUGGAAGCUGGCUUUGUCGUCGUCCCAAGCUGGUUGCGCAAGCCGAAGACGGAGAAGGAGAUACUUGAAGCGGGGGCUGCGAUCAGCGGGCACUCGUUCCCUCUCUGGCAAGAGAAGGAUUCAGACCUGCUUGUGAAGCACCACAGCCGCUCACAAUUGUACGAGGACCCGACAGGAAUUUUCUCUUUGAGCACCCGCCAGAAGGAGGUUUUUGCAGUGGGGCUGGACCAGUUUCGGCGUUUCCCCGAAGCGUUCCAUCCCGAUGUGGAGAAAUGGAAAGCUUUCCCUAAGACUCAGGACUCGAUCAGUGGUGACAAGCAAUGCUGUAUGGCGAAGGAGUCUUUUUCCAGCGACUGCGUCAAGCAGGGACGCCUGGGCGACUGUGCUUUCCUCAAUUCGCUGGCUGCGCUGGCUUAUUGGGAAGAAAAGACCGGCGUGCCCUUCCUCAGGAAGUCUAUCUACCCAAAAGAAAAGGCUGCCGACACCGAGAUGCCAGUGAUAAGUCCCGAGGGGAAGUACAUAUGCCGAUUGUAUUUCAAUGGGGGAGCUCGCAAAGUUGUCAUCGACGACCUCAUUCCGACGCUGACCAACAGGCCUGAAGUGCGACUCACCGGAGCCUCAGUCAUUCCUGGAGAGACAUGGGUUAUCAAAUAUGCUAUUUAAAAUUCCUUCUAGCCCAAAGACCUUCCUUCUUUUCUUCCUUCUUUUUCAGGUUACCGUCAUUGAGAAGGUGGCAGAUACCAACGUUCGCACUUCAUUUUGUCCUGCUUGACGUCUCUCGUCAGGCAUAUGCCAAGACGAUGGGUGGAUACGAUGCGAUUCAAGGCUCAUUUGCUCCAGACAAUCUGUACAUGAUCUCUGGAUGGAGCUCGGAAAAGAUCGAACUCGACGAAGUCCGCUCCAAGAGCAAAGACAUAGGCCACCUGUGGGAGUUCAUCUACCCGCAGCUGCGCGAUCGAAAGGCAGUAGCCUGUCUUGGAACGCGCAAAGAAGAUGGAGGAACGGAGACGAGGAGCAAAAAGACAGGUAGCCCAAAUGAUCCCGAAGUGCUCUUACCUUAAGGAAACCAUCGUGCCAUAUAUAUGCAGGGCUUGUGAGUUGUCAUGCAUACUCAGUGCUUGAAGCGGCCGAAGCAGGGGGGCAUCGACUGCUGUUCAUUCGAAAUCCAUGGCGUGAAGACCGCUGGAAAGGCCGGUUCUCACCACGUUGUACCGAGUCAUGGACGGCGAGCAUGAGGAGACAGCUCAAUUAUGACCCCGAAGCGGUGCUGAGACGCAAGCUGUAUCGUUCUCGUUGAUUGUCUAUUUGCCUGUUGAAACAGGUAGCGCCUCGUGAAUCGGAUGACGAGUCAAUACCUGCGGAUCGGAAGAGAUCGGAUGGGCGGUUCUGGAUGGAGUUUCAUGAAGUCGCAGAGAAUUUUGAGGUAGGAACUUACGACACCACACAAGCAACAAAAUGACGAAUCUAACGAUGUUAUGUGCCUAUUUGAUGGGUGUAUCGGAUGGAACGCAGUCGCUUUAUAUAGCAUAUGAUCCUUCUCGCUUCGCUCAUCGAGUUGAAAAACACUCACGGUUCGGAGCAAAUUAUGGUUAGGAGCAAAUUAUGUGCAGCGCUUUCCUUCCGUGUCGCCUUUACACCAGGUUCAAUGUGACUGGACAAGAAGCGUUUGUGAGCAGUGCAAGGAAAAUCUCAGCAUUUAGCCCGCAAUUCGUCCUCGAAUUCCAUCCCUCCAGCACUGACCUGGCGACUGAGCAAGUGGAAGUGUGGAUCCAGGUAGAAAAAGUGUCCUUCGCCCGCCAUUGAUUUCUGACCUUUUCUCUGUCGUCUCAGCUGUAUCGGCACGUCACGGCCUCAAAAAAUGUGAAGGACGCCAAAGAAAAGAAAAUUGGUAUCACAACGCAGGUGUACGAGGGUGCCGAUAGAGUGCUAUCCUGCAACGAGCGGGCCCAUGUGCUGAAUGAGUCCGAUCGUCGAAAGAAGAAUACGACGUUAAACUACUGUUCGGAUUCAAUGAUGCGGCUUGACAAGUGGAAGCUCAGGUGGUGGAAAACUGAGGGACUAAAACAGCGCUCAAGUGAAGAUGUCCACCUCAAAUACAACGUCGUCGUCGGACAAAUGAACAGAAAGGUCAGAGCCUCCACGACUGUCUCGGACUCCCAUGACCUCGUCCUUGUCGUAUCAGGAGGACUUUAACUUCACCCUGUCAGUCUUCUCCAAUGUCAAGGUCACCCUCAAGGAAUUGCCACCUGUCAUUCCGGAGGGAUGGGUAUCACAGUACCACGAUGGAGAAUGGACGCCGGAGACAGCAGGUGUGGAGGCCCAAACAAGGAUUGGAACAAUCAUGGAAAGAAUGAAUUGAAUGCGACUUCCCAGGAGGGCAGCGCUACUAUUCCUCGUUUGUCACGAACCCGAAGUAUACUGUGUACUGUGUAGAGACUGUCGAAUCAGUCAUUCUACUAGAGUCUCAUCAGGUGGGAGAAAUAUACACGCUCGAACAUCACCAGAAGGGGAUGUCCAGAGAACUCGCAAUUGAUAUUUUCAGGAAUAUACGGUGGGGCUCUACAUCAACAAUGAGCAGCGCUGCAGAAAAAGUUUUAAUCCAAAUUCGAUGAUGCUCACUAAUGUCAAACUAGCGGUGAUAGACAACAGAUUUGCCACUGACGGACUUUCAUGCUUCAGUUCUCGGUCUUCUGUCGCAGGCUGGUGAAACAACUAUCAUUGUUUCAACCUUUGAUCCGGGGUGUAUUGGCAAGUAUCGUCUGAGCAUUCACACCCCUCCAAUGAAGGGGGAUACGGUCUAUCCUGCUGUCAAGCGGGUCUAACAGUGGAGACACACGCUACCUGUCUUUUGCUCGUCUUGUGGAGUGAACAGCAGGUGGUCGAUUUGUGAGCGGUCUGAGGCAGGCCGAUGGAAAGCAGACAUCAGCAGUACACAAAGCAAAUAAGGGCAUAAUUAUGCUUGGGUGUCGAGUUAGACCAAUCAUUUGUCUUUUCUAUCCGAGUUUCUGUGUCUUAUCGAAUAAUUUAUGGUGUAAGACGGAAUGACCCAGCCACAAAGGCCAACCACAAGGAAUAAUCAUGGUUGUCAACCACCCUCGCGAAGGUGCACCGAGCAGUCAUCCUCAUCGCCAGCACGAAGGAAGGAAGUUGAAGUCAGGUGGUGGAAUACUGGGGGACCGAAGCAGCGCUCAAGGGAGGUGGACAAACAAAUGUGCAGAAAGGUCAGAGCCUCCACGACGACUGUCUUGGUGAGAAUCCACGACGACUGUCUUGGAUCGAUUCUCACCAAGACAGUGAGUGAGUCGGUGAAUGAGAUUGACUGCUUCUCCGCUCUUUCAUUCCAUGUCUCUAGGACUCACGCCAUCAUAUCGGCCCAUCUAGACACCCAGUGUGAGCACUGCUGUCAUACUUAUCCAAAGUUGUGAAAGGGACCAUCUUUAUCGGCUCGCUUACAUUCACAGCUCGAGACACAAGUGUGAAAACGCCAAUCCGAUGCACGCUGGAUGUGUUAACAGCCA